ACACUGGCCAGAAGAAGACCCCAGACAAGAAAGAUGGACGACGAAUGUCUUUUCAAAAGCCUAGAGGGACUAUUGAAUAUUCUGUGGAAUCAAGAGAUACUUUAAACAGUAUUGCCUUGAAAUUUGAUACAACGCCCAAUGAACUGGUUCAAUUAAAUAAGCUUUUCUCCAGAGCAGUCGUUCCUGGACAGAUUUUGUAUGUUCCUGACCCAGACUACAUUUCUAGUGUGGACAGCUCCCCCUCUCUAAGUCCUAUAAGUCCCCUAUCACCUACAUCUUCCGAAGCAGAACUUGACAAGGCUACAGUAAAUGAUCCAGAUGGAGUCCAACAGAAGGAGUCGGCUGCUUCACCAGCACAUGCAUGUGUUCGUCCUACAAGAGUGGUAUCCUCCACCUCUGAAGAGGAGGAAGCAUUUACAGAGAAGUUUCUGAAAAUUAAUUGCAAGUACAUCACUAACGGCAAG